GAUAAUUUUGUAGAAAUAUAUUUAUCAAAAAUUAUACUUCUGUAAAGCUCAUAAAAUUUGAGGGCCAGGCAUACCUCUCAACAAUGUGCAAGAUACAAGAGCUUCUUCAUCACUUGUUCAGUGAUGAAAUAGAGAUCCGUGGAGAUCUAUCUACUCCAAAGAGCUGGCCGACUUACUCAUUAAUCCAUGCAGUCCAGAUAGUCUGAACUGUAUUUACUACUUUACAAAUAAUCUAGUUACUUAUAAAUUAUGAUUAUAUGUAGGCUUUUUAAUUUUUGUAUUUUUUUCUCACUAUGUAUCCCAAGUUUUAUUUUUGUUUUAAGCAGUUCAAAUGAUCCGUAUUUUUCCUCAUGUUGAAUCCCAAUGUAUUUUUGUUUGAAUCAGUUCAACAAUACUUAAAAGAAACACUAAUUAAGGACACAUGUUGAUUAGUUUACCUUCAAAAUGUUACUAAUUAACGCUUAGUUUGUGGAAAAAGACACAUAUUUUCAUUAAUUACUACAAAACCUAGUUAUACCUUUGAACGCUUCAACACCCUCACAAUCUCACAUCUCUCUCACAGCCUCCAUUCCUUUUCUGAAUCUGCAAGAGAUCCAAUCUUUGCCCUAAAUCUCUCAUUCAGAUUCAGAAUCAUCACAUAUCCUUUUACGAUAUCUUCUUCCGCAAGCAAGAAAUCAAGGUUUGGAGGUGAGAUUUGGCUGAUGCAUGAGAAAACCACAAAGGAGAGGAGCGAUGGCGAUGGAGAAGUCGAGCUCAAAGUACAGAACACAGUUUUGGUACGUGGCAAUGGUCUCUUUCCUCCUCUGGCUUGUCUUGCUUUACCUUUUCAGCUCCUCCGCGACAACCGUUCAUACCCACGAGAGAUUGUUCCGACAAGAAAACGUCAUCAAUCUCCCCAUCAACGUCCCAAAACACGUCCAAGAAUCUGAUCAGGCUGUUCUCCCUGUCGACGUCCCAAAACACGACCAAGAACCUGACCAGCCUGUUGUCGUCUCUGACGUAGACAGCAACACUCGUCCUGUUAAUACCUCUCAGGAGGUUCAGAUUUCGGAAGAUGCCAAGGUUGUGACUGAUCUCGUUGAGGAACUCGAGAAAGAAAAGAUUGAGAACGAGAAGAAGAGAGCUGAGUCAGGUUUGAGUGGUCGGACCACGAGGUCUAGGAGGGGACAUCGCGAACCGAGAAAGGCUAGAUUGGAACCUGAGAAGAAAAGGGUUCGCCAUAAUGAUGAUGAUAAUGAGAGGAAUGUGGUUAAUAGUGAUGAGAAUCAUCAAUCAUACGACAAAGAACUAAACUUUUUGGAGCCUAAGGAUGACGUGGGAUCCAAGAAAGAUCGAGUAGGUAAGGAAAUGGCGAAUGAUUUGUCCAAUAAUGAUAUUGAAAGUGACAACACUUCUGAAACAGUGUCUGAACCAAAAACUCAGAGACAUUUCACACCGAAUAAGACAGUUUCCGUGGCCAAGAACAGAGUAACCUCCCGGAGAAACCGACCUAAAGUUAUGGUACGGCCAAGAGCAACGCGACGUAACGAUCCAUGUCGAGGAAAAUACGUUUACAUGCACGACGUUCCAUCGUUAUUCAACGAGGAGCUUCUCAAGAACUGCUGGACGCUGAGUAGGUGGACGGACAUGUGCGAGUUAACAUCCAACUUCGGUUUAGGCCCUCGUCUACCGAACAUGGAGGGAGUUUCCGGUUGGUUCGCCACAAACCAAUUCACACUAGAAGUGAUAUUCCACAACAGGAUGAAGCAGUACAAGUGCUUGACCAAAGACUCGUCUCUGGCUUCAGCGGUGUAUGUUCCUUACUAUCCAGGUUUAGACUUGAUGCGGUUCCUGUGGGGACCGUUCCCUUUCAUGAGAGACGCUGCGGCGCUUGAUCUGAUGAAGUGGCUUAGGGAGAGACCAGAGUGGAAGAGAAUGGACGGUCGAGAUCAUUUCAUGGUGGCUGGUCGCACCACUUGGGACUUUAUGCGUACACCAGAGAAUGAAUCUGAUUGGGGCAACAGGUUAAUGAUCUUGCCGGAAAUUAGAAACAUGACGAUGUUACUAAUAGAAUCAAGCCCAUGGAACUACCACGGGUUCGCGGUUCCUUACCCGACCUACUUCCACCCUUCAACCAACGCAGAGAUCCUCCAAUGGCAGAACAGAAUGAGAAGAAUCAAACGUCGUUACCUAUUCUCCUUCGUUGGUGCACCACGUCCAAACCUAGGCGACAGCAUAAGAACCGAGAUCAUGGACCAAUGCAAAGCUUCCAGAAGAAAAUGCAAGCUUCUCGAAUGCGUUUCAGGCUCUCAAAAAUGCUACAAACCCGACCAGAUCAUGAAGUUCUUCUUGAGCUCAACGUUCUGUCUCCAACCUCCUGGCGACUCCUACACUAGACGGUCUACAUUCGACUCGAUAUUAGCCGGUUGCAUACCGGUUUUCUUCCAUCCGGGGUCGGCUUACGCGCAGUACAUUUGGCAUUUACCUAAAGAUAUCGGUAAAUAUUCUGUUUUUAUACCGGAGAAGAAUGUUAAAGAAGGUAAAGCGAGUAUAGAGAAGGUUUUGAGUAGGAUUCCGAGGGGGAAAGUUGUGGCUAUGAGAGAAGAAGUGGUGAAGUUGAUACCGAGGUUGAUGUAUUUUAACCCGUCUGGUAAGAGAGGAGACGCGGGAAGGUUUGAAGAUGCGUUUGAUGUGGCAGUGGAUGGAGUGCUGCAAAGAGUUGAAGGGCUGAGGAAGAGGAUUGAGGAAGGGAAUGAAGAGAUUUUCGAGUUUCCGGAGCAGUUUUCUUGGAAGUAUAACGUGUUUGGGAAUGUUGAGAAGCAUGAGUGGGAUUCUUACUUUGAUAGGCAUUGAUUCAUUUGAUAUUAGACUGUGUUUGAUGUGUGUGUGUUUUGUUUUGUUUUCUUCAAUUUCUUGGGAGAUAAAUGAAUGUAGUAGUUGUGAUUGUGAUCGUAGAAAUGAUAUUAUUUCUCUUAGUUGGUUUUGUUUGAUUCACGCAAUUUCAAGGGGAUGUUCAUUGGUUGAGAGAGACUACAACAAGUUCAUUGGUUGGGGCUGAUUAGCUACGCUUGUCUUUUGCUUUAGAAUUUGUAUUGAAGAAAUUUCUCUCUUUGUGAUUGUGACUUUUUUUUAAACUAAAAACAUACUCCUUUCAUUAAGAUACUAGGAAGAUACAAAUUGUCUCAUGAUUUAUAGAGGUACAACAUUCAACAAAAGGCAUGAUUAAUUGAACAAGAAGCAGCUUAAUCCACCGCAUUAUCCACCAUCUGUUGAGAUUCUACUUUGCAGGUAGAGAAGCUGAACUCAUUCCAAGACUUCAUGAAGCCAGUCAUCAGAUGUGACUUCAAACAAGAAAACAAAUUUUCUUUUAGGGCUUUAGAUUAUUGGAUAAGUAUAUAACUAUAAAUUCUAAAUUCAUGUUCUUGGUUGAGCAGAUGUGCUGCCUUUACUAUUAAACUGUUCAAAUAGCUAGCAUCAAAGCGUCUGUAGUCCAACGGUUAGGAUAAUUGCCUUCCAAGCAAUAGACCCGGGUUCGACUCCCGGCAGACGCAUUUUUUUGUUUCGGUUUCGAUUACCUUUUUCAUUUCCGUUCUUCGUGAAUGUAUUAUACAGAAUCAGCUAGGAAUAGUAAGAUGCUAGUGAAUUUCUGUCGCGAAUUUGGAGAGACCCUGGAAAAAAAGUACCAUUUUGUAGCAUAACAUACUACUUGGUUUAUUAUUACACAAAAUUAAAAAGAAAAUAGUUGACAAAACCAAAGGAUGUUGUUCCAUUUGAAAUCUAGAAAACAAACUACCGAAGCUAGUUCCAAUCUUUAGAAAACAAAAAGCGUCAAGAGCCAACGUAAAUAAGAAUGUCAUCUGAGAAACCAUGAAAAACACCUUCUGCCAAACCAUCUUCUCAGCAGGGAUAAAGAGCCAACUUAAGCGCGCAAGAGAAGGUGUCUCUAUUUAGAAGCUAGACAAGCUAUACACCAGAAUCCACGCAAGCUG